UCUGGUCCAGUCUCCAUUAUUCAUUAUUCCACGAACAAAAUACAUGCCACGGACACUUAGAGUGGCAAAUUAUGCUGGCGUAUUCCCACUGCGCUGAUGUAGUCACGAAGAUGUUCCAGUAUUGGAGUGAUAUGCAUCUGCUUUCCCUCGAAAAUUAAGAUGGUCGAUGCUGUCCUGCCAUGGUGCCUGCAGCUCUAUAUGUCCUUGACGAUGGUUGCUAUACUACCACCAGGUGUGCUCGGUAAAGUCACGGCGCCCCGGAGCGUUCAGGCCAUGGUCAACCUCCCCUUUACGCUGGGCUGCAACCUGACGAAGCGCGGGGGCGAGACCCUGAGGCGCGUGCUGUGGGUGAACGAGCAGAACGCCACCCUGCUCACCCACGUGCCGGGCCAGCCGGCCGUCGUGGCGGACCACAGCGUGGAGCAGGCCGCCGCCCGCCGCCACACCAGCGCCAUCACCAUCAAGCGGGUGGGCCACAAGGACGAGGGCUGCUACCGCUGCGUGUUCGACCUGCACCCCGCCGCCUCCCAGGAGGGCCAGAUCUGCCUGGCCGUCACGGCGACGGUGGUUGCGGAGGGGAACAAGACCGCGGUGCGCGGGAAGUCUGCUGUUCUGUCCUGCUCCUACGGUCUGCCCCAGCGCGUCCUGCAGGUCCUGUGGCGGAAGGUGCUGGGGCGGGGCGACGCCAGCGACGUGGCGUCCUACUCGCAGCAGGGGAACCCGGUGAUAGAGGAGCCCCUCCGGGACCGCGUGUCACUCAGUCGCACCCUGGACAAGACCCGGCUUUACCUCAGCCCUGUGAGGACGGAGGACGAAGGCUGCUACACCUGCGAGUUCCAGUCCAUCUCCGAGGGAAGCAAGAGCGCUGUCGCCUGCAUCACCGUCUAUGUUCUGCCCAGACCCCAGAUUAGCUACAGAACUACCCCUGAGGGGGUGAUUGAGGCGAACUGCACGGCGCUGGCUCGUCCGCCGGUGGAGAUCGUCUGGAACGUGGAGGGGGACAACAGGACCCUGGGCCCGCCCGUGCCCACGUCCUACGAGCAGCCGGACGGGUCCACGCUGGUCGUAAGCACCCUGGUGCUGCGGACCAGUAUUCUCAACGACAAGUCUGUCAAGUGCCUGGUCCACCACCGUGGGCUGGAGACGCCCCUGUCCGUCUCCCUGAACACCAAGAUGGGAACGGCUCUCGCUGUCCUUAUCUCAGUGACCGGUGUGGCCAUUCUGGUCAUAGUGUCCAUGUGUAUCUGCUUCUUCAAGUGUUUCUUGCGGAAGUGCGAUUGACCUGUUCAGUGGGAACACCAGGCAGUUAAGAGGAGUUUUUCAGCUUUGUCGGGCUGCAAUGGACUGAAACUCUCAUAUGGACAGCAACUCUGUGGACAUCAUAAAUUACACAAACAAAUAGACUGCCAUUUUGACAGUACAACAAUCCAUCCAUCCAUUAUCUAUACCCACUUAUUCCCAGUCAGGGGUGCGGGAGGUGCUGGAGCCUAUCCCAGCAUGCAUUGGGUGAGAGGCAGGAAUACUUCCUGGACAGUUUGCCAGUCCAGUGCAAAGAUCAUCAUUGGUAAAAUUAAUAUCAGUCAGUGGCCUGCACUAAAUUUUACUUUGUUACAAAGCUUGGCUGGUUAUUAGCAUGGCUGGGACUGGAGGCUGCUCAUCCUUCUGGACCACUAAAAGUUUAAUUUAUUGUUUUACCAUUGUUUAUAGCUUUUAUUUGUUAUGUCACUGCCAUUGAAGUUUAAGAAAAACCCUACAAUUCCCCAUGGUGCUGUUUGACAGGGCCAAGCAUGGACUCUCCUCACUGUAUGUUAUUCACUUCAACACAUUGUGACAGCGGCGCUUUGUGAUACCUGCUUGCCCUUUGAUGAGAUGAACUGUUGUGGAAUGCAUUACAUCCAAUAAAAUAUGCCAUUUAA